GUGCGCGUGCUUGGUGUCCCGUCGUCCGCCACAGUCAUGGCGGCCCCGGUCGCUCAGUUUGAUGAAGACUGGGAGGAUUUUAACGAAUUCAAAGCAGCAGAUUCACACACCAGUUGGACCGCGGCACCGGAAAAUUCACCGCAGACACAAAGUUCCGCAUCCUUAGACGAGACGCUGAGCGCAAGCUUCCCGUACUCCAGCAGCGCGUGCACGAACGACUCUGUGAGCGCCGUGAGCGAGAGCGAGCUUCUGCGCGACGACGAGAUAUGGAACGCUCUGACGGAGAAUUAUGGCAAUGUGAUGCCGGUGGACUGGAAAACAUCUCACACUCGUUCACUUCACCUGCCCACGCUUAACCUGCGACCUCAGGAGAGACUGGAGGGCAGUAAUCUUGACCUGUCUGAUGACGAGGAGCUCCGUGAUCAGAUGGACAUGCACACCAUCAUCAUCUCCUGUGUGAACGAGGAGCCGCUGUUUACUGCUGAACAGGUCAUAGAGGAGAUUGAAGAAAUCAUGCAGGAGUCUCCAGAUGACGAGGAGCACGAGGGUUCAUCUCAGUUUGACCUCUCCAUGAUGUCACACGAGUUACACACACUCACGCACUCCACAUCCUCCAGCAGCUUUGAGGAGCGUCUGCGUGGUCUGUGUGUGUCGGAGCUGCUGGAGCGUCUGGAGGAGGUAGAGCGGCAGAUUCGUGGUUUCUCCGAGGAGCUCAUCGAUCAGCUGGCGGUGCGAGAAGAGCUGGACUACGAGAAGGAGGUGAAGAACACGUUCAUCUCGGCGCUCAUCCACGUGCAGAACCGACAGAAAGAGCAUCGAGAGCUGCUGAAGAAAAAGAGGAAGAUCAAGAGCACCGGCGGCAUACAGAGAUCUGACCGCUCGCACGUGCCAGGAACCUAUUUGACGACAGUGAUCCCGUAUGACAGGAGCAGUGGAUCACCGUCUGUAGACGACCUGCAGAUCCUGACCAAGAUUCUUCAUGCGAUGCAAGAGGACAGUGACACAGUUCCUGCUCUUCUGACCGACUACAUCCUCAAAGCACUGGUGUGAGAGAUCAGGAGACAGAGUGUUGUGUCCCACAUAGAGUUUGUGGAGCUGCUAAUAUCAUCAGAUCCUCUUCAUCUCUCCAGACGAAGCUCUUCUCUUAUAAUGCACAGAAUCGACCCCAGCAAUGGCAUUUAUCUCUCAGUCUGAAUGUAUGUUUGGUUUUCUACACGUUAUCGCGCGUGAGAUUGAGUGUUUAAUAUUUAGUUUAAUUCUCACAUUUCAGUCUAGAUUUCCUCUGUUGUUUUUAUUAUUAUUAUUAUUAUUAUUAUUAUUAUUAUUACUACAGUGCAGCUGUCAAAACACAUAUAGAGGAGUUAUUCUGUUAACCCAGAUCUAGGUUUAGCAUUUCUUUUAUAUUUUUUGAUCUUUCCUUUAAUGAAAUGAGAUUUAAGUUGCCUUUCCCAUGAUUUAAAAACCACCAGCAAAGGUAAAAAUAACAUUAGAUUAAGAAAAGGUGCAUUUUUUUUAUGUAUGUAGCUGUCAAAUUAAAGUGUUUACCAUAUCUGAAUGAUAAUGUGCAGAUUAGCGGUACUGAACAGAGUAUGUUCAUGUUAUUUAAUUAAAUCGUCAGUCAUUAGUUUGUUUUUAUGUUUGGCCAGCUUUAGGAAUGACAGUAUUAACUAAAUAAGUUGAGAUGUCAGUGGAGGAAGCAUGUGAUCGCUCAGAUCUGGACUUCUGUUUUGAGGUACGAAAAGGUAAAACACUCAUAGAGAGAUGAACACUUCACGCUAAGGUCCUGUAACAGGAGGGAAUGAUUGCUGAAAUGCAUCUGAAGUGAUAUUUUUGUUGGUGUGACCUGUAAAAGAUGAGAUUAUAUUGUUGAGGCCUGCAGACGCACACAUUUAAAGGAUUAUUUCAUUCAAAAAUACAAACAGAAGUCAUGUCGUUUUAAACCUGUAUGACUUGUUUUUGUUGAUGUAGACAGGUGAAGAAUAUCUUGGGAUGAUUAAAGAGAAGAGUGCCAUAUUAUAAAUGGGUAACCCUUUAUAAUAACUAAACACUAUGAAUCAUUUAUUAAGCAUCAGCAAAUAGUUAAUUCACCGAUUGUUAAGCAUUAGCUCUACAGUAACAGAUGUUAAUACAGAUACAAAUUCUUGACUUACAAGCACCUAUAUAAUGAUUGUAUUUUCAUACUUUAAUUAUUUUUUCAUCACUAAAGGAAGUAUUGCAUCAUUUACAUAUCAGUUGUUCGAGAGAGGUUGCUGUUUUUUAAAGAUUAUUCAGAAUGCAUAAGUAAAAGAUUAAUGAACUACUCAAAUCAAUAUAUAUAAUUCUUAUUAUUCAGACAUAUAUUAACAGUUAAUUUGUAUGUUAAUAAAUGCUUUAUUAACUCAACUUCAUCCUGUUUUGUGACCUAAUCUAAAGUGAAGAAGCUUUAUAAAUCUCUUAUGAAUGAGAAUUAAGGGUUUAGUUAUAUUCUAAAAAAGAAAAUAAAUGACCUCAUUCAUAUGAAGAUACACAAAUGAAACUGCAUCAAAUGAAAAAUAAAUCUUUGCUAAAAUAAUCUUAACUCAAAUAAAAUUACUGUGCAGUUUAAACAUCGCUAAAUAACAUUGAAAUGUUGUUUCGUAAUGUAUUGUUAAAUUAUUAUAUUGUUGUUGUUAUUAAAUUUUGUAUUUUGACACUCCUGUUGUUCAGCAAUGUUUAAACAGUAAUUUUAUUUUUAGAUAAGAUUGCAAAGAUUUAUUGUUUAUUUGAUUCUGAGCUUUUAAUUAUCAUUUAUAAGGGAUUCAUUAAGCAUAAAUAGUCCUCACUUUAGAGUAGGUUAUUAUUUUAUACCUCAAUAGUCAAAUGUAUAUUUGUUGAUUUAAAUAGUUUAUUAAUAAUUUACUAACUCAUUUCUGAAUAAUCUUAAAAACCCAACUACUCUUAAAUACAAAUGGUUCGUAAAUAAUGUGAUACUUAAAUUAGUAAAAACAGAAAAAUUAAUCAGUAAUAAAGUAUGAAAGUACAAUCAUUAAGCACAUUAUAAGGCAAGAAUGCAGCAUUUAUAUCUGCAGUUAUAAACUGCAUACUAACGUCUAUUAAUGUAGAGUUAAUGCUUAACAGAUAAUGAAUUCACUAUUAGCUAAUGCUUAAUAGAUGAAUUGUGAUGUGUAGUUAUUAUAAAGUGGUACCUAUAAAUCUUAAGUCGGUUGAGUAGAUUUUUAUAUUUGCUUUCAUGAAAGAAAGUCAUACAUUUGAAAUCGCAUUAUAUUUGUUAUAAUUUACAAUAAGGUUCCAUUAGAUAAUGUAUUUACAAACAUGAACUUAUAAUUAACAAUAAUAGUAGAGCAUUUAUUAAUUAUCAGAGUUCAACAUUUACUAAUGCAUUAUUAAAAUCAUUAGUUAGUAGAGUUAUCAAGAACUAACAAUGAAUGACUUUGUUUUCAUUUAAGAGGCAUCAUAACCACCUGGUCGACCUUUUAUUCAUAGGCGAUUAUUAUUAUUUUAAUUGCUUAUUACUGUUUAUCAGAGUUGUGUCAGUAUAUUAUUCAAUCCAAGCAUGGGCAAAAAAGUAUUUUCAAGGAGUGCACCUUAAAGGGUUAACUAACAUGAAUAAAUACUGUAAUAAAUGUAUUGUUCUCGUUAGUAAAUAUUAAAAACAGAACUAUACAAAACAAUUUUGUUACCAAGAUAUUUCAAUUGAUAUAUAAUUUGCAUUAUAUACAUAUAUAUUUUAUAUCUAAAUCUUAGUGCUGGGCAAAGAUUAAUUGCAUCCAAAAUCAAUGUUUGUUUCGACCUUGUGUGCGUGCGUGCGUGCGUGCGUGCGUGCGUGCGCGUGCGUGCGUGCGUGCACUCUGUAUAUAUGUAUUAUGUAUAUAUAAAUACACACAUGCAUGCAUAUAUUUGCAAAAACAUUUAUUUACUGUAAAUCUUAGUGCUGGGCAAAGAUUAAUUGCAUCCAAAAUCAAAGUUUGUUUCGACCUUGUGUGCGUGCGUGCGUGCGUGCGUGCGUGCGUGCACUCUGUAUAUAUGUAUUAUGUAUAUAUAAAUACACACAUGCAUGCAUAUAUUUGCAAAAACAUUUAUUUACUGUAUAUUUAGAUAUACAUAUGUAUAUAUUAACAGUUAUUUAAUGUAUGUAUUAUGUAUCAAUUUAAACGUCUGUGUAACUAAAUAGUAUUGUAUAGUCUUGUUUUUUGUAUGUAUGUGUAUCACAUAUACAAAUUAAACAUAUAAACGUUUUCCCAAAUAUACGCAUGCAUGUGUGUGUUAAUGUGUGCGUAAUAAAAACAUACAGUACUCAUGUCAAAUCACUUUCAUUUUGGAUGUGAUUAAUUGAAAUCAAUCUUUGCCCAGAACUAAUAAAUACAUGGACUAUCAUUGGAACCUUAUUGUAAAGUGUUACCUUUUUAUUUUUGAGUGAAUUGGUCCUUUAAAUUCAGGUACCAGUUUCCACAUGUGGAGAUCAAAUCACACACGUCUGUUCUGUUGGAGACACUUUGGAUGUUUGCAUUUGUUUCAUUGGUCUGUCUUGUGCUGAUUUGCAUGUUAAUGCGGGUAAAGCAUUGCACAUGCAUCCUCAGUAAAGCAUUUCGAAAGUUCAAGUUGCUGCAUGCACUUUCAGCUGAUCUAAAAGGGAACGGUUUAGUUAAAAAAAAACCCCACUGAACUCUUGUUAGUGUCGUCAGGCAGUCGAAGCCUGAUUCUGAGAAACAUUAGCAGUGCACAGUAAAUCAGGGUACAUGUACUAGAGAUUAUAUAUUUAUACGAGCAAUAAUGAAACGCUGCCUUUUUCAGUGCAUGACAUUUUGUAUGUUGAAACUGACCUUAUUUUUAACGCAACAUUAACGGUCCUUUUCGAUUAGUAUUUUAUAAGCAACGCAUUGUAUGUAGCAGGGCAGUUUUUACAAAUAAAAGAGUGUUCUGUUCAUCAAA